AUGCCGACUAAUCACAUGACACGCCGGUACUGCUAUUCCGGCAUCACCCGGCGUCUCGCCGGUCUCCUCCUCGUCUUCCUCGUCUCCCUCCUCAUCCUCCACCUCAACAACCGCCUCCACCACACUACCCUUUACCCCCACCACCCCGUGACGGUAGUCACCGCCUACUUCCGCAUUCCCUCCAAGCACACCCCCCAAGAAUACUUCCGCUGGAUGGAGAACUUCCUGCGCCACGUCGACUGCCACCUCUACAUCUUCACCGAGCCCGCGCUCCUCCCCAACCUCACCUCGUUACGCCAACCCUACCUCUCCCGCACCCGAUUUAUCACCCUACCGUUCAAUGACCUUUCAACAGCCCCCCUCCUCCCGCAGCUGGAGGCCCUCACCCGGAAGUAUCCAGAGAAGAACGUCACGGCGCAACUAAUGGCCAUCUGGCACGCAAAGUGGCGCUUCAUAAUCUCCGCCAUCAACGAGAACGUCUUCACCUCGGAGUAUUUUAUCUGGUGCGAUAUCGGGUCCUUCCGCCAACCGCGGCAUCUCCCUCAAUUGAAACACUUCCCGGACGCGGAGCGGACGAAAUCGGUUCUCCGGGAUCGGCACCAGGUGUACCUCUUGUUAACCGAGCCGUUCCCGGCGUCCGUGACCUUUCGGAGGGACUCCCAGUUAGCUGAGGAUACAGCGCUCCGGGCGGCGGUUAGUCAGCUGCAUAUUGGAGGGACGCUGGCCGCCGGGCACCGGGAUGCGUGGCGGAUGUGGGAGCGGGCGUAUUAUCCGCUGCUGGAGCAGUUGUUGGCAGCCGGGAUCCAUGCCGGGCAGGAUCAGGUGGUGAUGAACGCCAUCGCGUUGAAGUAUCCGCAGCUCGUGCAUCUAAUCAAACCCAAGGCGUAUUUCGGGGGCACCGGGAAUCCGUGGUUCUAUUUCCAGUAUUAUUUCUCCGCGGCGAUUUGAGGGCGGCCGAUGACAACGCUAACUCUGUGAUUUUAAAAAUAGUCUUUAAUAAUUUUGAUUUUUAUUUAAGCAGUUUCUCGAUGGCUUUAAUUUUUAUUAUAAAAUUUUUUUGAUAUAUUAAA